AUGGCAUCAAAUGCUGAUCCAUUUGUAGUAACAGGAAGAGUGAUUAGUGAUGUGGUCGAUAUGUUUAUACCUAGUGUUAAUAUGUCAGUGUAUUUCGGGAAUAAAAAGGUUAUUAACGCGAGUGAUAUUAAGCCAUCUGUGGCGGUUACAACUCCUCGAGUCAACAUAUGUGGAUAUCCGAAUCAAUGCUAUACCCUGGUGAUGAUUGAUCCUAAUGCGCCGAGUCCCAGUGAGCCUGACCUUAGAGAGUGGGUACAUUGGAUUGUAACAGAUAUCUCUGGCUGCGGAACGGUUUCUGAAGGGAAGGAAAUUAUGGCGUAUUCACCCCCUCUUCCAAAGGUUGAGAUUCAUCGCUACAUAAUGGUUCUUUUCGAGCAAAAAGAACCAUUAGGUUUUCUGGCACCACCAUCGUCUCGUGCUCAUUUCUACACCCGUGGAUUUGCACACCAGUUUAACCUUGGACCGCCGGCUGCAGUUGUUUAUUUCUAUGUUCAUCGAGAAUCGUCCGGCAGAAGACAUUGA